AUGUUCGCCCUCUCCGCCUCCUGCCCCGCUGUUGCCCCGGCCCGCCGCGUCGGCGCCGCGCGCCGCCCUACCAAGGUGCGGUCGCUCGAGGCCGAGCUCGACGUGGGCCACUCCGUGAAGGCGCUCCGCCGGUUCAACGACAACCUCGCGAAGCUGGAUGCCUCCAACUGGCAGCAGCGCCUGCGCCCCGUCUUCAACGAGCUCGCGCACAACCUCGAGACCUUCAACCCGGCCUUCACCGCCGUCGUGCUCAAGGUCCAGAUGACCAUCGGCGCCUCGGACUACGACCGCCGCGACGCGGCCCUGCAGAACCUCAUCCAGCCCCUCGCCGGCGAGUACGGGCUCAACAUCGGGGAGGAGCUCGGGAAGACGCACCGCCGGCUCUUCGCGGAGUGGUACGAGUCCGUCAUGGGCGAGGAGCUCUCCGCGCUGCUCGCCGAGCGCGUCAAGCCCGUCCACUCGGAGCGUUUCUUCGCGGAGAUGAUGCGCGACAUCACCAAUGGUGGAAACCGCGUGCACCCGCUGGAGCAGGCGUCGUACGCGAUCGGGUACAACCUCGCGAUCGAGUACCUCGCGGACUACGAGAAGACCUGGAUGCUCGACUCGUUCCGCGCGUUCGACAAGCGCGUGCUGUCGCCGCUGGGCCGCGACGUGGAAUACACCUUUUUGGUGGUGCACGCGGAGCACGAGUGCGAGCACGCCGCGAUCGGGCACGCGGCCGCGACGGAGAUGGUGCCGGAGACGCACAUGCGCACCGUGCGGGAGGCGAUGCACAAGCACGACAGGGACAUGGGGCGCUUUUACGACGCGCUGGCGGACAUGCUUGAGUGA